UCCCGUUAGAGGGUGGACUUUGGUCCAGAGGAUGACGUCGCGAGGAGGGGGGGCUGCCGCCGCCUCUGUCUUUACCUGCCAGUCCAGCCCGCCCCGUCCCAAAGGAAACUCGAGGAGAAUCUUCGGUCACACUAGCGCCUGGAAGCCGUCCGUCGCUGCGGAGUCGCUUUCUUCCUCUGCCCGCCCGCCCAGCACACCUCUGCUGCGUCCACCACCUUUCUCCUCCUUAACAGCAUCAGCAGCGCCGCCGCCGCCGCCGCCGCCACCAUGUCCGUGUUGCUGGAGACCGUGGGCUUUUUCAUGGCGACCAUCGGCUGGGGCAUGCUGGCGGUGACCCUGUUCAACAGCUACUGGAGGGUCUCCAGCGUCUCUGGCAACGUGAUCACCACCUCCACCAUCUUCGAGAACCUGUGGCAGAGCUGCGCCACCGACUCCACCGGUGUCUUCAACUGCUGGGAGUUCCAGUCGUUGCUCGAACUGCCAGCGUAUCUGCAAGCUUCCCGGGCCCUCAUGAUCAGCGCUUUGGUGCUGGGCUUCUUAGGGAUUGUCUCCAGCAUGCUGGGGCUUCAGUGCACCAAGGUGGCAGACGACAACCCCAACGUGAAGGCAAAGAUGGCUAUUCUCGGAGGCUGUAUGUUCGUCCUGGCAGGUGUCUGUGGGAUGGUGACCAUUUCCUGGUACGCCUUCAAUAUCACCCGCGAUUUCUUUAACCCGCUCUUUGUCGGCACGAAGUACGAAAUCGGGCCUGCUCUCUACCUGGGCUGGAGUGCGUCGCUGCUGGUGAUGAUCGGGGGCGGCUGUUUGUUCACGUCGUGCAGGGCCCAAUCAUCGCAGGACAAGAGUUACAUGUAUCCCUACAAGGCCUCCAAGAGCGCUGUGUCGGCCCCAGCCGCUGCCGUGCCCCGGCCUCGCAUCGAUUCCAACGCCAGCAGCGGUGGGAAGUAUGGCAAGAACGCUUACGUCUGAAACCCCCCUCCCUCAAGAAAGACAUUUUUAAGAUGCAUUUCUGGCAGCCUGGGAAGCUCUUACAGAGAUGGCAAGUUACGGGCAGGGGGGUGGGGUGGGGUGACACACGUUCUCCUCGCCCUCUUGCUCCAGACAUUGCUUGACGUCCCGAUGAUGCUAGGAACCGGAUGGAGCCAUCGAUUCCGCCUUCCCGACCCUGACAGAUGCUGCAUGGUGUGAGGUUAUUUAUUGCCGAGGAGAGCUGUCUAUACAUAUAACAAUUUCGCCCUCUGUCUCUUGGGAGCCAACGUGCUGGUUUUUUGGUUGCCCUGGGUUCGGGAGUCGCUGAUUUCGAAAAGGAAAGGUGUCAGGGCUCAGUCAAAUCACAUCCUUUCACCCGAGAGUCUUUCUCUGAAAUCCUGUGUGUGGUUCAUCACUGAUCGGGGGGAGAAAAAAUGCUUUUGAGAGCAUGCUGACUGGAUGGAGUUGAUUUUUUAUCAUUAUUAUAUUCCUAUACUCCAGAGCUGAGAACCAGCAUUGAUACAAAGGAAGGGAUCUGUACUCAAAUUUGCUUGCAAAUAUUUAAAAUGCUAUUUUCCUAA